AUGCAGUUCACGCCGCAGCAACUCGUCGGUGCUGGACGGUACGCGCCUAGCACGCGCAUCGGCAAUUGGAAUGAGGACCUGAUGCUGGAGGAGGCGAGGAUGAAGGAGUUCACACUGCGCAAGGCUCAGGGCUCGUUGCUGGCGACGCACACGCUCAAGGCGGCGUUUCUGAACCAGAAGGCGCCUCGCUCGUUCGAGCCCGACGGACGCAUUCACUUCAACCAGGCCGUUGCGCUUGGCCACCUUGAGUCGGACGCGCUGCUGGCGUGCAACAUCUUCGAGGAGACCCCAUCGAUCGGGUCAGAGGAGUACCUCGUCACCGCCAUCUCUUCCAGUGCUUCCGUGUCACGCAACACGUUCCGCAUCAUAUCGCCGCAAGCCUGGAAGACAGCGGUGGCUCGAGGUGACGGCUUCAAAUUUGAUGCCCCCGGUGAACCAUUGCGCUACGACGAGCCGUUCCUGAUCAUGUGCAACGAGGCUCUAAUCGCGGACGACAAGAGCGUGCUGCUCAAACCUCCUCUCUUCCUCAAGUCAGGCUUGAAGACGGAACAGUCCAUGAGUCCCAUCACGUACAAGCAGCGCGUGUGGCUGAGUGCUGAGGCCGACAGUGGUGCUCUCUGGACGUGCGUCAAGGCCGAUCUAGCUGGAACCGAGAAGCUGCUCGCUGCAGGCCAGCCAGUGGUGGCCGGCGACCGCAUUGCAGUUGUGCACAAGAUGACGGGGCAAGCUCUACUGACUCAGAGCGGCGCGAAGCAGCCCACGGAUUUUGGUGUGGAGCUCGAGGUCUGCACUCACGCUGCUAGAGGAGCUGGCAAGCGGCACCACCUUGCAGCCGAGAUCGAGGGCACACGGACGCCAGACACUGAAGGCUUCCCCAACCUUUCAUCCAACACUUGGACGUUCUUGCUUGCUCAAUCGGCCCACGAAGCCCAAGACGACCGCACGUUGCCACAGAUUGCCAGUGCCGCGUCCGUGAUCGAUGUGCUCCAACGCUGUCUUGCAGCAGACAGCUUGUACACGUUCCGGGGGUUCCUCGCUGCUCUCACUCGCGCUGACAGCAAAGGAUCGGGCCAUCUAAGCCACGAAGAGGCCAAGUGGGUGAUCCGUCAGCAGUACAGCAGUCUUCCUCUGCGCGACGAGCAUCUCGACUUGCUCUUCGACAGCUUCGACAAGCGCAAAGCCGGCUUCUUCCCGUUAGCGGACGUUCUCAAGGCGCUGCGGGUUCCAGUCCCGGAGAACCGUCGUGCGCUGAUCGAAGCAGCUUAUAACCGACUGCAGCAGCAAGCACCGGACGGAAAACUUACACUUGGAGCGCUAUGUGCAGCCUACGACCCGUCCAUCGACGCGCGAGUCGGCGCACAGCAACUAUCGCCAAGCGAUGCCGCUGCAGCGUAUCGCAACCUCUGGCCCAACCAGAAUGCGAAUGCUGAGGUAUCGCUCCGCGACUUUAUCGAGGUGUACUCGGACAUUUCCAUGGUCGUAGCCCACGACGCUCACUUUGAGCAACUUCUAGCUGAGAGCUGGAGAUGA